AGAAGCUAUUGCUGGGUUUAGAAAGAUCCCUUACCAAGGCAGGCUAUCAACACAACAGUUGGCAUUAGCCUAGACUAUUUGCUUUCUCACCAUUCGCCACGCUGCUGUCGGUCGCUCAGAAUGCCUAAAGGCGCAUUGGUGACAGUACGAUAUGGACCAUACAACUCGUGUGGCAUUGUUGAUCACAGGACAUUCCGACUCGAGGGCCUCCAAGCUGCCCUACGCGCAUCCGGUCACCGAUGUGUCCUUCAGAGUACCCUGGAGUGGAACAAAGUGGAGCUUGUUGUCAACGGAGAGUGCGUUUAUGUGUGCAACAUAAAUGACCUAGAGUUUGGUGGUGAAGGACAACUUGAUCAACUAUGUAAGGCAGCAGUAACAGCAGUCAAGAAUGCAUAUUAAAAUACAACCGCAUUAUAUGGAUACAAUUGUCCAGAUAGGUUGUAAGCAAAAUACAGCACACGCUCAA